AUGUGUGCAUUACCUGCUCCAAUCCCAAAGUGGCCCGUAAUCAAUCCCACAGUCUAUGAACAGAACUAUAUCUACGGCGGCAGUCAAAGUGUAGAGUCAUUUCUUCAUUUUCCUCCACCACAAGAAGAAAUUCUACUUGAUCAUCGAUCUCCGUCUUUCACUAUUCAGAACAGUCCUGACCCUAGCACGGUUAAGAAGCUUAACCACAAUGCUAGCGAACGCGACCGGCGUAAGAAGGUCAACAGUUUGUAUUCAUCCCUCCGUUCAUUGCUUCCAGUGGCAGAUCGAAUGAAGAAGUUAAGCUUUCCAGCCACGGUUUCACAUGCACUCAAAUAUAUAGCAGAGUUGCAAGAGCAAGUUGAGAGAUUGGUUCAGAAGAAAGAAAAGCUCUUGUUAAGGAUUUCCCAGCGCGGUGGUCUUAAACGUGAAGAACAGCAAAGAAAAAGCAGACUUGGAAGAUCUUUAAGUAGUGCUAUAUCCAUUAACAGGUUAACAGAUAGUGAAAUUGCAAUUCAGAUAUCCAUGCAUAAAGUUGAUCAGAAGAAUCAAUUAUCUCAAAUCUUGCAAUACUUGGAGCAAGAUGGUCUAUUCCUCCUACUAAAUGCUACUUGUUUUGAGUCAUUUAGAGGAAUGGACGUCUUCUAUAAUAUUCAUCUCCAGGUGGAGACAACUUACAAACUGGAAUCAGAGGCUUUGAGUGAGAAGCUUUUGUCAAUAUUGUUUGAUAAUAGGGAAGACCUGCUACGCUAA